CACUUCUAAGUAGUAAUUUAAAGGAGCCGCGCACCGAUUCAUGCGGCCGGCUGGUGAAGUGUCGGAAAACGUUUGAAUUGUACAUACAUAUAUUUCUGAAUCAGUUCUGAGCAUUGACUUGAACUUGCUUCUUUUUAGAUAUGCUGCUAACCGUGAAGCCACUCCAGGGGAAGGAGUGUUGUUUACAGGUGUCAGAAAAUGAGACCAUCCUGAAUGUAAAACACUUGGUGUCCGAAAGAUUAAACAUUCCUGUACUUCAGCAGAGGCUCCUCUACAAAGGAAAGGCAUUAUCAGAUGAACACAGACUUUCAGACUAUGCCAUUGGGCAAGAUUCAAAGCUAAACCUUGUGAUAAAACCCUCGGCAGAGAAACCAUCCCCAGAAGACGAUCAACCCCUGACGUCAAGCCCCAGUUCAGUUUGGCACAACCUUCCAGCAGUUAUCAAUAAGCACUUUAGUCCUGCAGAUGCUACCAAGGUCUUAGAACAGCUACACAAGGAUUAUGAAUGCAGCCUCCGGCAGCUUAGCUUGGAUGACAUUGAACGUCUAGCAACACGGCUGCUGCACCCCGAAGCAGUCGAAUGCAUGAAUAUGUCUUUUUUGGACUAAACACAGUAGCCUUUGUGUUCCUGAAGAUGGAAUUGCAGGAUUACGUACAGCAGGGAAGGUGAUGGGUUACAGCAGUUUACAGACUUAUGGACUUUCUAGGAUGGACUGGAAAUGAGACAUAACCUUGUUUUUGUUUUUUUAUUAAUUAACAGUGUUCACCCCACCCAGGCCACCCCUAAUUAUCCACUGAACUGCGGCACCAGCCUGCUGCACCUUUUUUUUUUUUUUUUUGGCACUGCGGUACAACGAUAUCCAUGUCAUACAUCACACUGAUUUAAGACUCAUUUAACAAAUGGCUUCUGCUUGCAUUUAAGUUUAUUGAAUUCAUUUCCUUAUGUGUAUUUUUUCUCUUUUUUGUUUUUGUUUUUUGUGUAAGGUAUAGUUUGUGGCAUGGUUGUGUUAUAAAUAAAUGAUGGACAUAAAGGCAGAUGAUGAAAAAGAGUUUGAUUCAAAAAGGAUUUGAUCUCCGACACCAACAUGUUUUUAAGUCCCUUAGUUAAACUGAAAUUAAUUUAUGUGUUCAAAGAAAAAGACUUAAGUGAAAUAAAGCCCCGUUCUCAAAAUACUUCAAA